AUGUUGAAGAAUAUAAUUGCUAGGACUCCUAUAAGGCGGUCAUUCUCCGCCCUGUCCUCCUUGAAGCAGAUCCCAAGCGAUGGUGAUAAAGGUUCCACUCAAAAUCUGAAGUACGAACCCCUAUCAGAAGCUCAAGAAGCUUACUUAGAUCGUGUUGUUCGAGUGGAUCAGGCCGGUGAGCUUGGGGCAGACUACAUUUACGCGGGUCAGUACUUCGUACUAGCCAAUAAGUAUCCCCAUUUGAAGCCAGUACUACAACAUAUGUGGGAUCAAGAGAUACACCAUCACAACACUUUCAACACCUUACAGUUAAAGAAUAGAGUAAGACCCUCUCUAAUUACACCCUUGUGGAAACUUGGUGCAUUCGCUAUGGGCGCUGGCACUGCAAUUAUAUCUCCACAGGCUGCGAUGGCCUGUACGGAAGCUGUUGAAACUGUUAUCGGUGGACACUAUAACGAGCAGCUGCGUUGCUUGACCAACCAGUAUGAAUUAGAGAAGCCUGAUAGUAGUUUUGGGAUACCAGCGGAAAUUAAAGAUCUAACUAGUACUAUCAGACAAUUUAGAGACGAUGAGUUGGAACAUCUAAACACUGCUAUCGAAUAUGACUCGAAGAAAGCUGUUCCAUAUAUGCUGCUCACAGAGGGCAUUAAGGGUAUAUGUAAGGUGGCCAUCUGGACCGCCGAGAGGGUUUGA